CAGCAAGCACUCCACUGCCAAGCAGAUAGCCUCCCUUCCCAGUUCAAAAACACUACAAGCACAAUCAUGAGUAUCACUGACAUUCUCUCCGCCAAGGACAUUGAGGCUGCCCUUGCCAGUGUAGCAGCUGACAACUCAUUUCAGUACAAAGCUUUCUUCCACAAGGUUGGUCUCUGUGGCAAGACUAACGAACAGGUCAAGCAGGUCUUCGAAAUCUUUGACAAUGACCACAGUGGAUACAUUGAGGAAGAUGAACUUGCACUCUUCCUGAAGAACUUCAAGGCUGAUGCCAGAGCUCUGAAUGAUGCUGAGACCAAGGCUUUCCUGAAGGCUGGCGACUCUGAUGGUGAUGGCAAGAUUGGAAUAGAUGAAUUCCAGGCUCUGGUGAAGGCAUAAACAGCCCAAGACCAAAAGGAAGACUAGGACUGAACCCCUCAAUUUACACCCAACAGGCACCUCAUUCAUGACUGGCACUUAUUUGUGCAUUUUUAUACUGUCUCACGGCAUUGGUAAAAUGUCUGUUUGUUAACUCUUUUUGGGACUAUUGAACUAUCUUAACAAUGUACAGGUACUCUGCUCACUCGAUGUUACGUCUUAUGUGUUUUUGGAUGGCGCUUAAUGAUUUCAACCAAUCACAAUGUUCAAGUUGUGGCUGGAAGAAGGAAAAAUAAAGAAUAUUUCAAUAAA